CUCUCAGAUCGAGGCGUGGUCAGUCUGAACCAACAGGUGGAGGAGUCUGUGCAGCUGCAGUCACUCUUCAUCCUCAGGAUAACUACAACUACUACAACCACCACUGUCUUUGCUCUCCGGUAAAAACACAUCUGCAUCAACAUGCCAAAGUGCCCCAGGUGCCAGAAGGAGGUGUACUUUGGUGAGAUUUCGCUCUUUUUCCUCGUGUUUUAGUUCGUGUUGUGUCGAUUCUUGUGUUUGAAGACGUUUCCUGAUACAUUAAAGUGGAACCUGUUCUGCAGAAAUGCGGAAACAUGUUAUAUAAGCACAUGAUGGCAAAUAGAUAUUUCAAAGUGUGUUUUAUUCUCUUAAAGUUAAUCUUUCUAUUCAAUCAAUCAAUCAAUCAACUUUAUUUCUAUAGCACAUUUAAAAUAACCACAAGGGUAGCCAAAGUGCUGUACAAUGACACAUAAAAACAAAUAACACAGUCAAAGAACAAGAUAAAGCCAGCAGAAAUACAUUAAUGCAAAGGAAUAAAUAAAAGUGCUAAGAUGAUAAAAAACAAAAUAACACUAAAAAGUAUCAAAAGCCAAGGAGUAAAAAGGAGUAUUAGUUAAUCAAUGCACAGUGAAUUUCAGCAGUCCUAUCUGCAGGUUUAAUGUAACAUUUAUGAUAUAUCGCUCUUGUACUUGAGUAGUAUUUGAAUUAAUUCAACGUGAUAUCACGUGAUGUGCAUGUGUGCUACAUGUGCAGAAAUCUGAUCUUUUAAGAGUAGUUACUAUCAUAUAUAAAGACUGAAAUCAUUCCCUGGGAUAUUAAUUGACUAAUAAGGAAAAGUAGGGACAUUUUUAUAUUGUAUUUUGCCUCAGAAAAGCUCAUUUUGUCACUUAAAACUCCUCUGAAUGUGGAGAAAAAUGUACAAGUAUGGUUCAGACAGAGAGUGUCCUUUACACUUCUGGUGCAGACUUGUAGAAAAAUCAAAAUGCACCAAAUUAAUAUCCUAAUUUUCAGACAAAUUCUGACAAAUAGCUUCUACCUACUCCUUUUCGAUCUCCAAAAAUAGGUGAAUUUCUUGUCUAAAAUUGUAAUGUAAAUGUACCUUUUUGUUAAUUUCAUUUCUAGUGUCAGUCUGAUUUAGCUUUUUCAUUCAAUAAACUGAAUUGACAGUGAGACUGAACUAUGCUUCCAGUUCUUCCUCCCGGUGGAUAAACUUUCACUUUCCCCGCCAAAAUAAGCAGAGGGUUUUUUUUCGGUCAGACACGUCUGACCAGUAUUUUUCUUCACAGCAGGGGAUGAUAAAAAUUAAAUAUAGUUUAAGAGAGAAGUGGCCCUGAGCAGAUUUUGUUUAAUCAUUGUCCUUAUAAACUCAAACCCAAACAUUCAAUAGCAUGGGACAAAUAAAUAAGCAAAGUGGGCUUCAGAGUUUUCGCCUGACCUGGUGUUUUACAGAGUCUUCAUGAACCUUUUUUUGGGGGGAGAAUGAAGCAAAUACUUGAACAGCUUCCUCCAUAGUGUGUUUUUCCAACUGCAUUCAUGUCUGUUUGUGUAUUUUGGACUCCACCCUUCAUACUUCAGCCCAUUACAGUUGAUGCAGGGAGCAAAUCAGAUCUUUCUUUUGCUCGUCACGACUUGUAUCAUCGGUUAAAUACUGUCAAUAACCCCUGUGCCAAAGCAUGCUCUGCCAAAUCCACAUACAAUACAGAGAAAACAAAACUUCUUGGUGUCAUAGCUACCCUGUCAAUCAAAACAAAACCUUUAAUUACUACUUGCAGAGUCGAACUAUUUGCUCUACCCAAAUGUUGUUGUCGGUUUUUGUUUUUGUAGGUGACUACAUUUAUUUGCUGACGUGUUUUCAUGCAACUAGUCUGUUCAGUUGACCUCACCCUGGAGCACUGGGGCUCAUUUCCACUGGUUGUUGCACAAUCUCAUACCAGAUCAGCUAUUUUUAGGGGGAAAAUGCAUCAUAUCCUGGUUUUGUGGGAGCAUUUACAGACCGGUACUUAUGCAUGAAAAUUGCAGUUUUUCAAACAUCUGCACUUCCUCCUGACUAGUCAAGUUCGAACCGUUUGUAACGUAUGUGAGGCAGAGCACUUCCUGCGGUUGCUCUCUCUGACCUCAAACUUUCGCUGAUAAAUUCAAAGUCAAUCUAAACUUUGCUCAUCAUCACCGUCAAGACAGCCGGGUCAAUCACCUCCAGACGGGCGUUUGUGCAGAUCCACCCUGCAGAUACAGACCGUCUUUGUCAGACUUUAUGAGGCCAGAGGAGAGAUUCCCCCGAGGACGAUCAUUCCUCUUUUACCUCGUAGUGCCACGCCCUGACAAUGUCCUCAGAAUUAUCUGUGAAGACGUUCUCGUUUAUCCAGAACUGAUAGUUGGUCGCAGCACGAUGAGCUCAUGCAUCAGCUGAACCACAGACUAGAUCUGUGUGUGUGUGUGUGACCCUUUCUGCAGACUACAAGACCUCUCUUUGUGGUUGAAGUUCAAGUGGAAGUGGUUUUUUAAUUUGGUCUCUCUGUGUGUUUUUUUUUGCAGCUGAGAGGGUGUCAUCACUCGGCAAGGACUGGCACAGGCCCUGCCUCAAGUGUGAAAAGUGCAGUAAGACACUGUCAUCAGGCUCACAUGCACAGGUGAGACGAAUGAAUGAAUGCAGUGUUUUCCCAACAUUCAUUCCAUGCGCCGCUACUUAAAUUUCACAUGAUCAUUAAUAUCAAUGCACCACUAGUGAUUUCUACUCGCACUGUGUGAGCACAAGAACACUUGUUAUCUUUGACUUAUUUUGAGUCAUCAACGAGUGCAUCAAAUCCUGUCGGACCCUCUUCCAUUACUGUGAAGGGUAGUGUUCAAGCUUAUACGUGGUCUAUAUAGCAAGUAGCGUGAACGUAACUGCGUAGUCCCUUGAGUGGCAAGAGAUUCUGGGGGAAACACUGCAUAAUGUGUUUUUUCAUGUUUGAGGAGAACUGUUCAUUUAAGACCAAAAAGUUCAAGAUAUUCAGAUUAAAGAAUAAAGCACUGACGCUUCUUUGCUCCUUGCAGCAUGACGGCAAGCCGUACUGUAACAAACCCUGCUACUCUGCAUUGUUUGGACCUGGAGGUGAGUGUCCUCAGAUUGAGGUCUUUACACAUCUUCCACUUUGACUGAACACGGUGAGAUGUUUUAAAUCCACAGGUCACCAAAGAUGGCAACACACCUGGCCAUGAGACACUUUGUUUAAAGAUUCACAAAGUCAAAGCUGGAUUACUGAAGUGACGCUUCCUCUGUUUACACUCAGGAUUUGGACAUGGUGGGACAGAGAGCCACACAUACGAAUAGAGAGGUGGGUCUUCACUGACUUGUUUGCAUGUCUUGCUUCAUUUCACUGUUUUACAUUCUGUAUAUCAAGAUUAAGCUCGACUUUGACUCCUUGCAAACACACCCAUUGUUCUUUGUGUGUUUUCUCUGCUUCGUCAUCAGACACAGUAAAAAGUUGCCUGGAAUCCAGAUCGAAGACACCAGCAUGGUCACACAAGUCUCCAGCAGCAGCAGCAGCAGCAGCAGCAGCCGCGAUCUCAGCACGACCUGCUGCGUUUUGUGUGCGUGUGUUUUAUUCGCUGUCUGUGAUCUCUGUUUAUGUUUUUUUCCUCUAACAACUUCCUCUUCACAAGGUGGAAAAUAAACACUUGUUAAAAUUUGUGUUUUUUUUUCAUUUUUACUGUCUUUUUUUUUUGUUUUACCGUAACUCAUCCUUGAUCUGGCGAAUAAAAAAAAACUCGAG